GCCAGAAAAAGCAGUUGCUCCUCAACUGGUACCAGCUGUCCCCAAGCGCUGCCGGAGCAGAGGGUGCUCAGGAUUCCCCUGGUGCUUGGUUCCUCCCAACUGUCGUCGCCCCGACGCGGGCUCGGCCCCAGCUCCGCUCCGCACGUCGCGCACCCCCGGUCGCAGCCCGCGAAUGGUCUAGCCCGUCGGUAGCCGCCACCCCCUUAGGCAGAGACAGCUGCUCCAGCUGCUGGGGGUCCAGCGCCAGAGCCUAAGCAGUGGCUGCUGCUGGCGGUGGGUGGGCGGAGGGGAGCACCCGACCAUCAGCUCAGGCUGCGACCGGGGGCGGCCUCCCGCGGGAAACCGGGACGCGCGGGAGCCGCGGAGAGACCGCUUUCAGCGGGGAGGCGAGGACCCGGCGGGGCUUAUCUCACUCGGUCUGUACAGGUAUCUUCUUAUCCCAUAACGUCAGUGCCCUGAAAUCCGAGUAUUCCACGAAGAUAAUAUGAUAGGAACUUUCAGUGGUUUGGAGCCGUAUCCUACUUAGACUAAUGUGGGCCUUCCAGAUUUCCUGAGAACUUGGUACAGAGCACACACUGCUUGCUAACCGACUCAGGCAAUAAUGCCAUCUCUGCCUCAAGAAAGAGUUAUUCAGGGACCCUCUCCCCUGGAUCUGAAUACAGAAUUGCCUUAUCAAAGCACAAUGAAAAGGAAAGUCAGAAAGAAGAAAAAGAAGGGAACAAUUACAGCAAAUGUUGCUGGGACAAAGUUUGAAAUUGUUCGUUUAGUCAUAGAUGAAAUGGGAUUUAUGAAAACUCCAGAUGAGGAUGAAACGAGUAACCUUAUAUGGUGUGAUUCUGCGGUUCAGCAGGAGAAGAUUGCAGAGCUGCAAAAUUACCAGAGGAUCAACCAUUUUCCAGGAAUGGGGGAGAUCUGUAGGAAGGAUUUCUUAGCAAGAAAUAUGACCAAAAUGAUCAAGUCCCGGCCUCUGGAUUAUACCUUUGUUCCUCGCACAUGGAUCUUCCCUGCUGAAUAUACACAGUUCCAGAACUAUAUGAAAGAAUUGAAGAAAAAAAGAAAGCAGAAAACUUUUAUAGUAAAACCAGCUAAUGGUGCAAUGGGUCAUGGGAUUUCUUUGAUAAGAAAUGGUGACAAACUUCCAUCUCAGGAUCAUUUGAUUGUUCAAGAAUACAUCGACAAGCCUUUUCUAAUGGAAGGUUACAAGUUUGAUUUACGAAUUUAUAUUCUGGUAACAUCAUGUGAUCCACUGAAGAUAUUUCUCUACCAUGAUGGACUUGUGCGAAUGGGAACAGAGAAGUAUAUUCCACCUAAUGAGUCCAAUUUGACCCAGCUAUACAUGCACCUGACAAACUACUCUGUGAACAAGCACAAUGAACAUUUUGAAAGGGAUGAAACUGAAAACAAAGGCAGCAAACGUUCCAUCAAAUGGUUUACAGAAUUCCUACAAGCAAAUCAGCAUGACGUUGCUAAGUUUUGGAGUGACAUUUCAGAGUUGGUUGUUAAGACUCUGAUAGUAGCAGAGCCUCACGUCCUGCAUGCAUAUCGAAUGUGCAGACCUGGUCAACCCCCAGGAAGUGAAAGUGUGUGCUUCGAAGUCCUGGGAUUUGAUAUUUUGUUGGACAGAAAACUAAAACCAUGGCUUCUCGAGAUCAAUCGAGCUCCAAGCUUUGGAACUGAUCAGAAAAUAGACUAUGAUGUAAAAAGGGGAGUGCUGCUAAAUGCACUGAAGCUACUAAACAUCAGAACCAGUGAUAAAAGGAGAAACUUGGCCAAACAAAAAGCUGAGGCUCAAAGGAGGCUUUAUGGUCAAAAUUCAAUAAAAAGGCUCUUACCAGGCUCCUCAGACUGGGAACAGCAGAGACAUCAGUUGGAGAGGCGGAAAGAAGAGUUGAAAGAGAGACUCGCUCAAGUACGAAAACAGGUCUCUAAAGAAGAACAUGAAAAUCGACAUAUGGGGAAUUAUAGACGAAUUUAUCCUCCUGAAGAUAAAACACUACUUGAAAAGUAUGAAAAUUUGUUGACUGCUGCCUUUCAGACCUUCCUUUCAGGAAGAGCCGCUUCAUUCCAGCGAGAACUGAACAAUCCUUUGAAAAGGAUGAAGGAGGAAGAUAUUUUGGAUCUUCUGGAACAGUGUGAAAUUGAUGAUGAAAAGUUGAUGGGCAAAACUGCCAAGCCUCGAGGACCGAAGCCUCUGUGUUCCAUGCCCGAGAGUACUGAGAUAAUGAAAAGACAGAAGUACUGCAGUAGUGACAGCAGUUACGAUCAUAGCAGCAGCUCUUCAGAAUCAGAUGAAAAUGAAAAAGAAGAGUACCAAAAUAAGAAACGAGAAAAACAAGUUACUUAUAAUCUUAAACAGUCCGAUCACUACAAAUUAAUGCAACAAUCCAGCUCCAUAAGGCGUUCAUUCAGUUGCCCUCGGUCAAUCUCUUCUCAGUCACCUUCCAGUGUGGACAUCCGCCCCUUUUCUGCUCAACAAAUGAUAUCAACAUCCCGGCCAACUUCAGGGUCUCGGUCACAUUCCUUAAACCGUGGUUCCUCCUACACAAGGCACCUGCCUCAUAGUAAUGAUGCCAGCUCUACUAACUCUCAGAUGAGUGAGUCUUUGCGGCAACUGAGAACAAAAGAACAAGAAGACUAUCUAACAAGUCAGACCUUAUUUGUUCUCAAGGACAUGAAGAUCCGGUUUCCAGGAAAAUCAGAUGCAGAAUCAUUACUUCUGGUGGAAGAUAUCCUUGAUAACUGGAAAUAUCAUAAAACAAAAGUGGCUUCAUAUUGGCUCAUAAAAUUGGACUCUGUAAAACAGCGAAAAGUUUUGGACAUAGUAAAAACAAGUAUUCGUACAAUUCUUCCACGCAUCUGGAAGGUACCUGAUGUAGAUGAACUAAAUUUAUAUAGGAUUUUUAACCGGGUUUUUAAUCGUCUACUCUGGAGUCAUGGCCAAGGACUGUGGAACUGUUUCUGUGAUUCAGGAUCCUCUUGGGAGAGUAUUUUCAAUAAAAGCCCGGAGGUGGUGACUCCUUUGCAGCUCCAAUGUUGUCAGCGCCUGGUGGAGCUUUGUAAACAGUGCCUGCUAGUGGUUUACAAAUAUGCAACUGACACAAGAGGAUCACUCUCAGGCGUUGGUACUGAUUGGGGUAAUUCCAGGUAUUUACUACCAGGGAGUACACAAUUCUUCAUGAGAACACCAACCUACAACUUGAAAUACAAUGCACCUGGAAUGACUCGCUCCAAUGUUUUGUUUACACCCCGAUAUGGCCAUUUAUGAAACAGAAGGGAAGCUCGCCAUGGAUUAUGCAUAAUAGCAAUUAAUCUCCCCCUAAUUUAAACAUGCAAAGAAAGCGACCAUUAAGUGCUGUUUUAUGUAUAUAUGACAUAUAUAUGUGUGAAAAUAUAUACACACAUGCACUCAACAUGUAUAUUUAUUAUAAUAUAUGAAAGAAGAAUUAGUAGAAAACUGGAUGUAAGACUUAACCCUUCUGGAAAUGUAAUAAACCAUGUUAAUAGUGUUUACACAAAUAUGAAUGUCUAGAAUUUGCUAGGUUUAUAAUUAAUACCUUCCUACUAGAAAUGUUAUUUUUGCUGCAGAGUAUAUAAAACAGAAUUGAUCUGAAGAUCCCAUUACAGUGUUAAAUUAUUUUCUAGAUGCAUCUUUUGACUUGAAAAAGCAUUAAUAGCAUAAUGCCAUAUGAAUUCUCUUAUGUAUAGUAGCCAUUUAAAAUGAAAGAAAAAUUAGAAGCCUGAUGUUGCUUGAUGAUAGCAUUAAGUAUAAAACGGGUUUAUCAUUACUGUAGCACACUGUAAAGUACUAUGAAAAUUCCAACCUGAUUCUUCAAUAUUUUUAUUCCUCAUUUUGGAACUAUAACUACUUAUUAUAAUGUACAUUUUCAGUAAGGAUCUAGUAAGAUCAUAUUAUGGUCUAAAAUGGAAGACAAUCCAGUUGGUUAACAAUACAACAUAAACUAGCUUUUCUUUUUCUUUUCACCAUGAGUCACAUAAAGGAACACAAAAUGAUGAUAAUGAUAAAAUCUUUUCAUAUAAUUUUUGUAUCUGAUACCACUCACUUGUAUUUGGAAAGUAUAUCUCCAUGGGUACUUAUGGUCAAAUACAAUUUAUUCUGUUUCUCAGAAGUAGAAGAGUUGACAUUUCAAACUCAUUUCAGUAUUACAGGAUAAUUUGUCACAAUUAUUUUGUAAGGUUUUCAAUGUUGAGACCAACUUAUAUUGCAAAGGCUAAUAUAGAGUCUCACGUUGCACCAUAGAAAAUGAUCUAAAUUAUUGCAAAUAGGAGAUUUUGAUUACUUAGGUAUUAUUAGUCAUGAUGCACUCUUGAGAAUUUUUUAAAUCAAAAUAGAGUGUGAAGUUCCUUUUUGUUCAAAGUUAUUAUGCAUAAGUUUCAUAGCAGUUCACUUCCUUUUCUUGCUUACAGUUUCAAAAACAAUGAGUGAGCUUUCAGUUUUCCAUGAAAAUAUAAGCAACACUAUCAUUGACAUGGAAAUCCUUAGAAAUUGCAAUAUUCACCUUUUAGAAGUUUGUUUCAACUUCUUCCAAAAGUUUUAUUUUCUCACAGAUGAUAAUUAUUUACAAAAUUCAUGAAUGUUUUAUCUCCUUUCAUUAUAUGAAAAGCUAUUCCCAGUAAAUCAAGAAAUGGCCCCAAAGCAGAAGAACUGAGAGAGGCAAACUGGCCUGGUUUAAUUAACAAGCUGGAUAAUUGGCAACCCAAAGUUGUAAGUUAGAUAUACUUUGCUUUUAAAGCCAUAUUCUGAGACUGUCUUAGGCUAAAAUAGGUUAUUCCCUAAAUUAUUGAUAGCUACUUGGUUCUUUAUGACUUACUUAACAUCCAUAUGCCAAUUGAUAAUUUUUCUUGCUAGAUGUAUCCCAAAGAAGAAUUUAUUGUCUUUGAGGCAAAAGAGGAAAAAAAAAAUGUCAGGAUGAAGUAAGUUAUGGUGUAACUGAGUGUUUAUGACUCUAUUUUGUGAAUUCUUAAAUAUGUUAUAGAUUUUUUAGAAUAAAUAAUACAAACACUGGGAUAUUACAAAAUCCUUAUAAGAAUAAUCAGUAAGUAGGCUUUUUCAUGGAGUAUUUUUAGUCAUUUUUCUUUUAAAUUCAGAGUUUGUCCAUGAACGAGACGCAAUUUCAAGUGUCUGAUGUGUGAUAUCAACAGUUUGUUGGCCACUCACAUGCAUUAGUUUAAAUAAAAAUGGUUAUUUAAUUUGCUAGAGUGGGUGGUUUGGAACUUCUGUCCUUAGUUAUGCAAGAGUAAAAUUAUUUUUUAAGACAAAAAGAAGCAUGUCCAACAUGUAGAUGAACCCUCUCUCCCUAGGAAAGAACAAACAAACAAAAAACCACAAAAUAUUUUUAAAUCCAAGAGUAAAUUUAAAUGUAUGAAACUACCAACUAAUUGAUUAAAAAAUUUUACUUCUCUAACUACUUGUCUGCCUUUUCUUGAGCACUAGAAUUUUAUUGCCCACAUUUGCCUAUUUAUACUGAUCUAGUUUGAUAUGAUGGAGUUUGUGAAUAAAGCCAUGUACUCAUUAUUUAUAUAUACUACAUAAAGUCUGUGGCUGCUGUAGUGCUUUUCCCUAAUGAGAAACUAAGAAGAGAAUAUGCAGUGAUAAAGCAUGGAAGUUUCUAGACGCCAUAGAAAUGUUAUACAGGUAUUAAAUAUUCCUUAGUUUUUAUUAUAGAUUUUUUUAUUCAUGGAGUUAAAACAUUAUCAAUAUAAGUGAUAGUACGGGUCUGAUUCUUUCUUCUAGGAGAGAAAAUAACCUUAUCUGAAAAACUCCAGAUGCUAUUCAAGCUUAUGAAGAGUUUUUAAUAGGGAAUUUGGUUUACUUAUUAUGAUGAAAGCAUAUUUUCAUUCUGUUAUAAAAAAAAAUCCUUGAUCAUUCUGUAAAUCUAAGAUUGGCAUGCUUCCUAGAAAUGUGUAUGAUUGGAAUAAUUUCCAGAAUUAUAUAAAAGCAACCUUUUUGUUUGAAAUCAUUAUAUAUGAACAUAGUAUCAGAUUGCGGAUUCAUUUUCACUUUAAUAAUCCAGCAUUGUAGAUUAGUUGCCAUUUGUAAUCUGUUGAAGGAAAUACUGUGAUUCUUACUAUGAUUAUUUUUACUAGCAACACAUUUAAUUUUACUAGCAUUUCACUUACCUUGUAUGUAGAAAAAUGAAGUUACAAUAGGAUCAAAUGUGGGAAUGGCAAUAGUAAGCUCUGCAUAGAAUGUAGUUGGAUAUCCCUGGUUGUCUGUAAGAUGCAAAGAUCUAUACUAAUUUUUUGUAGGUCUAAAGACACAGAAGGUUUCUACUAAUCCCUCCUCCCUAAAACCUAAAAUGAACCAAACUCAAACAAAAACCCCAACCUUCUUUUCAUCUAACAUUUAUACAUAGCUAGAUGACAGUGGCUUCUAGACAUCAAGGAAAAGAUUUUAUCCUAAUUCUCUUUUUAAUUUGGAAAGUAUAUGAUUAUAGAAUUUCAUCUAACUGGAAAUUGUAGAUGUUUUAAUAUAAAUUAAUCCAAAUACUUUCUUUAACAUACCAAAGCCAUUUUGUUUAAAAAUUCUUGUUAAAUCCAAACAUACAUAUCACUUGACCUUUUCAAAAGUACCAAAAAAUUGAUAGUUGCUUAAAUGCUAUUAUUUCUAGUUUUCUAUAAAGCACCAAUUCAUUCUUAACUGUAUAUUCUUUUAAAAAUAGUAGCAAAUAUCUCUAGUAGAAUGACAGACAAUAAUUUUCUGUUCUUUUCUCUAUUGCUGAUAUACAUUUUGAGUCUUAGUUAACUUGAUUCUAAGGGUUAAACAAUGAAAAGUGUAACUACAAUUAGUGUGUUUUGGUGACUUAGUGAUUUUUCAAGAUUGCUUUCCUCUUUAAAUUGAGAAAUUUAAAUUUUCAAAGACUGAAUUAGUUAUCUAAAUAUUUUGGGUGAAUAUUACUUAUGAAUAAAUUAAAGUUAUAGAAAUAUAUUCAGGAUCAAAAUUUUAUUCCUCACACUUCCCUUCCUUCCUUCCUUCCUUCCUUCCUUCCUUCCUUCCUUCCUUCCUUCCUUCUUCCCUCCUUCCCUUCCUUUUCUUCUCUUUUAAAACUUUAGGUUCUCUUUGAAGUUUUGACCUUUGCAUGGACAAAGUGAAAAAAACGAAAUCUUGCCUUAUUUUUGCCUCAGCAACAAUAAAAGUUAGAUAGUGUGUCAUUGAAUCUAGUUCAGUUGGUCUGCUGAGCUUUUUAAAAAUCAGGUUGAAGUCUCUAUGCCUAAAAAGCAUUGUGUGGAUUCAUGUGAACCGAGGUACAUGGCUACAAAUAACAGUCUUGCAACCAAAAAUUGAUAUAUAGAAACUUAUUGCACUUUUUGAGAUUGCUGCCCUUUUUCUUGGUGUUUAUUUUUUUCCUUUUUUCCUUUGCCUUGUCCUAAAUGGGCAUAUGGUAUAUUGAAGGAAAAUUAUUCAGGUAACACAUUCUGCAUUAACUGGGCUGUAUUAUCUAAGAACAUCAAUCUUUUAUUUUAUCCCCACUUACUAACUUGAAAACUAUUGGUAAAAUUGUCAUUCCAUAUACUAAUAUUUUCUAAAUUAGUAAGAAGACUUACCUUACAAAAAUAAUCAGAUAAUGUUGAUAUUUCUCUUUCAAAGGCUAACAGCGACAGUUCUUGGUCUUGAGGUGGUUCAUACAAUAACUACUGUACUUGCUACAAGCAUCGAAUAUUAAUCGAUUUGCUGAAGAUUCUGGGUUUGAAGAUUAGCUUGAAAGCAAUACUUUUGCUACCAUGAAUCAUGGCUCAAAUGAUCCCGAUGUGCUUUACCACCUGUAUAUGAAUGCAAAUGUUGUUACAGAAAAUAUGCUUGAAAUGUCAACACAAUGUGUAAUUAGUAUGGCAUUGUCAUGCUUUAGCAUGUGAUAUCUGUAUGGUGAAGUUAUUUCAAUUACUCAGAUAUGUUACUAUAAUAAAGGAUGUUUAACAUAAGAAAGCUA